CGAUCGUUCAAUAUCUUACGAGUUGUGAAAAUAGAAGAAACAAUGGCUCGAUUAAGUUACAUCGUGACGAUCGGUAUUGCACUGACGUGCGUUCUCGCGGAAGAACUCUAUUCUGAUCAGUAUGAUGACAUUGACGCCGACAGUAUCCUUCAGAACGAUAAAUUGCGAAAUCAAUACUACAAUUGUUUUAUGGGAACGGCGCCAUGCGUGACAGCAGAUGCGAAGUUCUUUAAAGAGAUUUUUAGCGAAGCUCUCCAAACCAAAUGUAAGAGAUGUACUGAGAAACAAAAGGAGAAGAUGGAUUUGAUAGUCGAUUGGUAUACAACAAAUAAACCUGAUCAGUGGGAGACUCUCGUCGCAAAAUCUAUCGAAGAUCUAAGAAAGAAGAACGCUGGUCAAUAAAUAAUGUUGUCGACAACUGCUGAAAUAACUGGCAAAGAAAACACGGAAAGAAUCGAAAAUGUUAAUCGUUUAUAAAAUUAUUGAAUCUUAUAUAUUCGGAAACAUCUCUUCUAUGUAAUUAUUAACAUGAUCAAUGUUUAUAUUGCAGCUAUUGAAAUAAAAUGUAGAAAUAAAA